AUGCCACCCAAACGCCCCGUCGAGACGCUCGUCCUCAGCUCGGACGAGGAGGAUACUGCUCCAGUCGCGUCUACAAGCCGUUCGCGCACCGCCUCGAGGAAGUCUCGCUCGCCUAGUGGGGCUUCCGCACGGAGCGAGGAGGACGACCCAGAGCUCGCUCUCGCCCUGAAACUAUCGCUCGACGAGGCCAACAAGGAGAAGGAGAACCGGCAGGCCAGCGCAGAGUCGGGGCCAGCGGGCGGAGGCGAGUCGCGGGCGGAACUCGAGCGUGCGAGAUUGGAGCGGCAAAGGCAGUGGGAGGCGAAGCGUCCGCAGAUUGCAACUGCGCCGUCGACUGCAGCACCGACGACCAAGCGCCGCCGUAUCGCGACCCUGUCCGAUCUGCCUGCGGACGAAGAGUUGCCGACUUCCUCCUCGUCUGGCGGACAACCUGCCUCUUCGUCUCGAUCCUCUCCCUCGAACUCCGUCCCGAAGGUCUUCCAGCGGUUCUACAAGGGUGCCGUCCGACGCGUCGCCAACCAGUGGUACCCCGACAGCGAUUCUUUCGCCUUCAAGGAAGUCGUCGGCCCGCCUUCGACGCUCAGAGGCGCGGUUGUCUCGGCCUACUGCCUCGACGAGGAAUGGAUCGCCGAAAACCUUCCCGACCAGGCUUUCCUCCUUUACGUCCGCCCCCGUCAGCGUGGCGAAGCGACUCCCGACUUUGCGGAAUACUCGUGGCGGGCCAACACCUACCGCGUCGUCCCGAAAGAUAUGACGCAGAACCCACGCGGCGGCAUCAUGCACACCAAGCUCCUCAUCUUCUACCACGAGGACUUCUGCCGCAUCAUCAUCCCGACCGCCAACGCCGUCAGCUACGAUUGGAGCCAGAUCGACAACGCUUUCUAUGUGCACGACUUUCCUCGCAGGCGGUCUGCCUCGCCCGUCAACGAGGAGUCGAACCCGUUCAAGAACACGACGCACACGCAGUUCUCGAAGAAGUUCUUCCAGGUCUGCUAUUACCUCAGCAUCCCCAAGCACAUCCUCCAGGAGUCGCUGCAAUACGACUUCUCCAGCUCGACCGACGUCCAGCUCGUCCACUCGAACCAAGGCAAGUUCCCUGCGGUCGACUACGACAAGGGCGGUGGCAUCGCUGGUCUCGCCAAGGCGGUGUCGGCGCUGAAUUUCGCAAGCGGCGGACACUGGGAGAUCGAGGUCACGGGCUCGUCGAUCGGCCAGUACUCGUCGACCUGGUUGACCCAGAUGCUCGCCGCCUGCUCGGGCAUCCACCCGUCGACCUACUUCCGCUCGGGCAAAGGCAACGACGUUCCUUCACAGCUGCCGAGAACGCCUUCUGGCCAACCGACGCGCCUCCCCAUCAAGAUCGUCUUUCCGACGCAAGACGAGAUUCUCGGCAGUCCUGGCGGAGCAGGACACGGCGGCACGAUCUUCUGCCCGAGCAAGACGUGGAACAGCCUGACGUUCCCGAAGCACCUCUUCCACCGCGGCGAGAGCAAGCGCAAGAACAUCCCGGCACACACCAAGAUCAUCCUCGGCUUGCACAGGUUCGCAAAAGCGCCAACUCCGCCCGUGCACGAAGGCUUCGUCUACCUCGGCUCGCACAACUUCACUCCUUCGGCAUGGGGUCGGCUUCAGAACGGCAAGGAUGGCCCGCAGCUGUUCUGCAACAAUUACGAGCUCGGCGUCGUUCUUCCUCUCCGCGCGUCUUCGGCCGAAGAGCUUGAGGCGAAGGCUACCGAGCUGGUCACGUACAAGCGACCGCUCGUCAAGUACGGACCGAACGACGUGCCGUGGCAGCAAGAGCUUUUCCUCAAAGACGACUGA